AUGAAGCCGAUAAUUGAUUCUGAAUCGGUAAAGUUGAACAAAAAAAGCAGCCCUCAGAAUAUCAAGCAAAAACUUUUCAGACAAGAUGGUACGAACAAAAGUGACAUAAAAGUAUAUAUGCGUAUGCAUUCAAAGAAGAAACGGCAAAAGUACAUUAAAUCUACAGUCGAGGAUAAAACGACUGAAUCUGAACAAAAUACUCUUUUGACAUCUGGUCUCAAGGUGGACAGUCAGUCAGAGGAAUCUGAUCGCUUAAGAUCAAAGAAGAAAACUCGGAGGGAGAAAAAUAAAAAUGUAACAAAGCGUUUGCCCGAACAUCCUGAUUCUAUUAUGAGCAGUAAAGACCAUUGUAGCGUAAGCAGUCAGAAUUGCCUAUCUCUACUCAUCACCAACCUACCCAAACAUAUAAAUUAUUCAAUGCUCAAAGAUGCCAUACCAUCGGCUGCACGCUUGCAUCUGUUCAGGAAAUCUGGAAAGCGUUUAGCGUUUGCCAAUUUCUAUACCAUGGAUGACUAUUCAAAUGCCAUUAGUCGUUUGGAGGGACUUGAGUUUGACGGGGUCAAGCCAUUGUUUAGGCAAGUUACACGCCAUGAAAAAACUGAAAAGAAGAAACCUGAGAGUGGUGAAUUGAGGCUGACUAUUCAUAAUUUACCAUACUCUAUUACUAUAACUGAGUUAGAAGAUGAAUUUCCUACAGCCAAAUCAAUCAUAAUAAAUACGAAGAAAACUGGAGUUAAUAAAGGAUCCUGUUUACUUGAGUUUGAAUGUCAUGAUGAUCUUCAAGUUGUUCUGGAUGCUUGUCAGAAUAAAGUGAUCGGUGGUCGCCGUGUAUCUGCCUUGCCCGGUCUUCAUUUUGAAAUUAAAUCCGAAAACACUAAAGCAAAUACUAAAGAAGCCACUACAUUUGGCAUAAAAAUAUGCAAAAUGUCUACAUCAAUAGAAGAUGAUCGACUUCGACAGCAGUUUCCAUUGGGAUCCAUAAUUGAAUAUUGUUCAGUGCCUACUAGUAAUCCAUCAUGCAGAAAUGUAUUUCUCACUCUCAGGAACAAUAUAUCUAAUCAAUUAAUUGUUAAAAAACUUCGUAGAAAAGGUAUCGACCAACAUCGCCUGCACAUACAAUCAUGGUACAAAAAGGACUUCAAAUCUCAAAAAAUUGAGCUAAAGCCACCAACUGACGGUAACAAAAACAAAAUUGAUGAACCGAAAUUAAAGGCGAGUGGUUCAGCUGAAGAUGGUGAAAUGACAUUUUCAGAAUCAGAUAGAAAGAAUAAAUCAAAAAAACAGAAACUUGAAAAAAUGGAUGUCUCUUUGGAGAAUACUAAACUUGUGGCUUCAGACUCAGCCAAUAAAAAGCACAAAUUGAAAAAACGGAAAUAUGAGUGCGUAGACGUAAAUAUGAUCGAUUCGCAUUCGUCGAACACUCCACAGUCUCAUAAGAAAAAGGAGUUCAAAACCAAAGAAAGAAGUCACAUCGGUGACAAUCCAAAACACAUAGUAUUCGAUCAAGGUAACAAAAACAAAAUUGAUGAACCGAAAUUAAAGGCGAGUGGUUCAGCUGAAGAUGGUGAAAUGACAUUUUCAGAAUCAGAUAGAAAGAAUAAAUCAAAAAAACAGAAACUUGAAAAAAUGGAUGUCUCUUUGGAGAAUACUAAACUUGUGGCUUCAGACUCAGCCAAUAAAAAGCACAAAUUGAAAAAACGGAAAUAUGAGUGCGUAGACGUAAAUAUGAUCGAUUCGCAUUCGUCGAACACUCCACAGUCUCAUAAGAAAAAGGAGUUCAAAACCAAAGAAAGAAGUCACAUCGGUGACAAUCCAAAACACAUAGUAUUCGAUCAAGAUGGCUAA